AUGGCGCAAACACCGUCUACGCCAGUCAAGGUGCCCUCGUCCGCCGCCGACUACACGCCCGCGACGCUCGACCCGGAUCUUCGCUCACAGAUCAACACGAUCCUCCUCCGUGACGGCCACGUCCCCAAGUCCGUCCUCUCCCUCCCCGCCGCCCUCCUCUCCUCCUCACAACCCCCUUCUCCCCCCCCUCCCUCCCCAAACUUCAACCCCUUCUCCAAAUCCUCCAAGCGACUCCUCCACGCCCUCAACGCCGACUCCUCCAACUGGCCCACCGUCGUGCAGGACCACGCCCUGCAACUCCUCCGCUCCGGCGAAGUCAUCACCUUUCCCGCCCUCCUCCGACGCGUCCUCGACGACAUCCGCGAAGCCUCCUCCUCCGCGACGACCAACGGCAGCAGCAGCAAGCCGACGACCAACGGCGACGGCGCCGCGGGGAGGCCGUCGCUGGCGGUGCCCCAGGCGGUCGUCGAGGAGACCAUCCGCGUCACCAAGGAGUGCCUCGAGAGCGUCUGCGAGAUCGAGGACUAG